AUAACAAUGGUCAGUUAUCAAGGGAAAUUUUCGGUCAGUUGAUGCUGUACAAAAACACGCUUUAGGUACAUGUAAAUAGAACAGUUGAGAUAGUGCUGCUGUUUAAUAGGAAAGGAUCGUUUAGCGAUUCGACUAACUAUUCUCGUAUCAGUUUCUUGAACAUAAAGCAAAAAAUAAAAAUAUUUUCUUUAAUAAAUUCUUGAGGGUAAGAUCACUAACAUCUUAUGAGUUACAAUUAGGUGACGUUGACUGCAUAUUUCAUGCAUUAGCCUACCAGCUGAUCGGAGCGUUCAUUGCGCGUACAACUUGUGGAUGUUAACAUAACCUAAUAGCUUAUGACACUUCAGAAUUGUAUAUGUAUAACGAUUGAAAAUUGGAAAGUUUAAACUGAAAGAAGAUAAAAUCUUUUAUGCAAAGUACAAAAACGUCUACUAUGUGUUGAACUGAAAAUGCAUUUGAAUGAAGAAGUUUAUGCUUACAAGAAAGGCACUUGUGCAAAAUUAAAAUUGUAACCAUGUCUGGAAAAGGAAAACAAAGUUCCAAAAAGGCGGUUGUCAAAGUGCGAGAAAGUGGGAAAACUGUACAGUCUUCUGCCCUUAACUCAGAUACGACUUUGGAGAAUACAGAGGCCACAAAGCCUUUAUCUAUUUUAAAAAUUGCUGACAAUAGCCGCCUUCUUCCAAGGUAUAGUAGUAUCCUGCAACGCAGUGUGGAAGAAGGUGUAGGAAUGGAGGAUCUUGAUACGCUGCAGUUAGAACUAGAAAUGCUUCUCUCCUCUGUAGUGGUGCGACACCGCAUGCUUCAAGAAGAGAUAGCCAAUUUGUCUUCAGUAGAGGAACGCAGAGACAAAAGGUCCAAAAGUGGGAAAGGCCUUUCUCUUCUGGAUAAAAAGGUCAGAGAAGAAAAGUUCAAACCUAAAGAACUUAAUGUUAAAACACAGUCUCCUCUACCUGCAAAACUGUUCAAGCAAAAAGCUGUUACCAGCUCAAACUCUCAAGUCAUUCCAAAUGUUCAUGAAAUUUCAAGAAUUGAAGGUUCCAAAUCUGAAUCACCAAAGUUGCUCUUACCAAAAAAUGAUACUCCUAAUAAAUUCUGGGCAUCCGUCGAUCCAUAUUGCACAGACAUUAUGUCUGAUGAUAUUAAAUUACUAGAAGAAUUAAUUUGCACGCACAGUGACAUUAGUGACUUUAAAAAAGUCCCCCCAUUAGGUCGUCAUUACAGUUUAAUGUGGGCACAUAAUGAUUUGUUGCAAGAAGAAGAUGCAGGUAAUCCAACUAGAGAUAAAAAAAAAAAUCGUUCUGACGUGUCUCUGUUAGUUGGAAAAAAUGACAAAAAGGCACACAGUAUAGCAGGACCUUUAACUCAGAGAUUAGUCUCUGCCUUGCUUGAAGAAAAUGUAUAUGUUGCAAAUAAUAACACAGAUAACAAACUCUUUAGGGACAGUGAUCCUCCAGUUUUAAGAGAUCUUACUAUUCAGAACUCUAUCAAUUUAGAAUUAAGGAUGCACAAAGAACUUGUAGAGCAAGGAAUUUUAGAACCAGAUGCACAAAAGAAGAAUCAAGAGGACGACGAAAUUUUGACUGAGAUAAAACGGUGUCAACAGGAGCUUACUGCUCUUUCCAAUCAUAAUGUAACACAGUUAAAAAGACUGUUGAGUUUAGCUCAGGAGGAAAGCAAACGGCAAGCAUUGAAGAGGAAAAUUAGUACAGCGGAUAACGAAGUGAUAGAACACUACAAGAAACUUAUACUAGCGAAACAAAGAAAAGUACCCUUAACAAAAAAAGAACAGGAGAAAGCGUGGUCGUGUCUUCGAGAGAGGGAAAACCUUUUGGACCAGUUGAAUAUGUUACCACACAACAACGUAGAACCUAUAGGUUUCGGCACUACCAACUAAAUGCAAUUUUUUACUGUAUUGUACAAUAUCGUGAUAAAACUAUGUAUAAAAAUUGAAUAAUAUCAGUCUAAUUUUUAAAUCGAA